ACUGCCAGAAACCUGCAGGUAUUCUUCUUCAACCUGGCAAAUAACCAAGAGAAGCAGAAGAUAUUGAGACAAGAAAUCCGCCAUGUUGUUGGAGACAGGCAGGUCAUCACAGCCGCGGACAUCUCCAAAAUGACAUAUCUCAAAGCCUGUCUCAAGGAGUCAUUCAGGUAA